UACGGAGGCAUUAUUAUUGAGUUAGCGCAGUCAGUUCUCUCACAUUCGCCUCCACCUGGGAUUCGUUCCGUAGAAAGACAAACAAACCCCAACACAACCCCCAUUUACGGCCACCGGCGAGCUUCAAGAGGAGCAGAACCGCCGUCUUUUCUUCCCUUCCAUUCAUUCUUACACACAGAUUCUUCAGAGGAUUGGACAGAGGUGGUGAAGCAAGAUGUGGCGCUGUGUUUCUCGUGUUUCUUCUUCGUUUUCCAGGAAAUCGUCCCCCAAUGAUCACCUCAGAUCUCACAUUUCCAGAUUCUUCUCCGUCGAUUCGACGGCAGGUCGCUCUUCCUACACUGUGGUUGAUCACACAUACGAUGCGGUUGUUGUAGGAGCCGGCGGUGCGGGACUUAGAGCAGCUAUAGGAUUGUCAGAGCAUGGAUUUAAUACUGCUUGUAUUACUAAGCUUUUCCCAACUCGUUCACACACGGUUGCAGCUCAGGGAGGUAUAAAUGCUGCACUGGGAAACAUGACUGAGGAUGAUUGGAGGUGGCACAUGUAUGACACUGUCAAGGGGAGUGAUUGGUUAGGUGAUCAGGAUGCCAUUCAAUACAUGUGUAGGGAAGCACCCAAAGCAGUGAUUGAGCUUGAGAAUUAUGGACUUCCAUUCUCUCGUACCGAAGAUGGAAAAAUAUAUCAACGUGCAUUUGGUGGUCAGAGCCUUGACUUUGGAAAGGGUGGACAAGCAUAUCGCUGUGCAUGUGCUGCUGACCGAACAGGGCAUGCCUUAUUGCAUACUCUCUAUGGCCAGGCUAUGAAGCAUAACACACAAUUUUUUGUGGAAUAUUUUGCUUUGGAUCUAUUAAUGAACAGUGAUGGUAGCUGCCAGGGAGUGAUAGCAUUAAAUAUGGAGGAUGGUACACUACAUCGGUUCCGUGCUGCAUCAACCAUAUUGGCUACAGGGGGUUAUGGCAGAGCAUAUUUCUCUGCAACCUCUGCUCAUACAUGCACUGGAGAUGGAAAUGCCAUGGUUGCACGUGCUGGGCUUCCACUUGAGGAUUUGGAGUUUGUGCAGUUUCAUCCAACGGGAAUUUAUGGUGCUGGGUGCCUUAUUACUGAAGGAUCUCGUGGUGAAGGUGGCAUUCUUAGGAACAGUGAAGGUGAGCGCUUUAUGGAACGGUAUGCCCCAACAGCAAAGGAUCUUGCAUCAAGGGACGUUGUCUCAAGAUCCAUGACUAUGGAAAUUCGGGAGGGUCGUGGUGUAGGACCCCUGAAGGACCACAUCUAUCUCCACUUGAAUCACUUACCCCCAGAUGUACUGAAGGAGAGACUUCCUGGUAUCUCUGAAACUGCUGCCAUUUUUGCUGGUGUUGAUGUUACCAAAGAGCCCAUUCCAGUCUUACCUACUGUGCAUUAUAAUAUGGGUGGAGUUCCCACGAAUCAUCAUGGGGAGGUAGUUACAAUCAAGGGCAAUGAUCCGGAUGCUGUAGUUCCAGGAUUGAUGGCUGCUGGGGAGGCAGCUUGUGCCUCGGUUCAUGGUGCCAAUAGGCUUGGUGCAAAUUCGCUCUUGGACAUUGUUGUAUUUGGACGAGCUUGUGCAAAUAGGGUAGCAGAGAUCGGUAGACCAGGUGCAAGCCAGAAGCCUUUGGAAAAAGAUGCUGGUGAGAAGACAAUUGCAUGGCUAGACAAAUUAAGGAACUCAAAUGGCUCACUUCCCACCUCAAAGAUUAGGUUAAACAUGCAACGAGUUAUGCAAACCAAUGCUGCUGUUUUCCGUACACAGGAGACAUUGGAGGAAGGCUGUAAAUUAAUUGACAAGGCAUGGGAGAGUUUUCAUGACGUGAAGGUCAAAGACAGGAAUUUAAUAUGGAACUCUGAUUUGGUAGAGACAAUUGAAUUGGAAAAUCUUUUGAUAAAUGCCUGUAUUACCAUGCAUUCUGCUGAAGCCAGGAAGGAGAGCAGAGGAGCACAUGCUCGUGAAGAUUUUACAAAAAGAGACGAUGAGAACUGGAUGAAGCACACAUUGGGAUUCUGGGAGAAUGAGAAGGUCAGAUUGGACUAUAGGCCAGUACACAUGAACACAUUGGACGACGAGGUCGAAUCAUUCCCUCCCAAGGCUCGUGUAUACUGAGGAUCUCAUCAUCAAUGAUUCUGGUGGUUUAUUUUACAAUAAUAGAUGGAAGAAGACUGCAAUAAAUCACUGUAGGUAAGCCAUGUGGACAUUUAUCUUAUGUUUGGUAGUAUCUGCAAUUUAGGCAGGUCGUUUUUAUGCUUACAAGUAAAUUAUCCACUUGAGCUCAAGCACAAAUCCGAUCUGCAGGCCAAAGAUGCCCUGCUUUUUAGCUUUUUCUGUUUUCUUGUUUGGCAUGGCCUACCACAUGAUAUCACUGAUUUUGAAACAUGGUGGCUUUUAUGAGCUACAAACACGCAUCAUAUUCAAGUAGGAGAUUUCACAUUUUUAUACUCAAUAAAUUGUUUGGGUGUGAACUUCUCUGAGUUUC